UAUUUUUCGGCAUUCGAUGUUCGGUCACGAUGAAUGAUCCGAUCCCACAACCGGCUGACUGACUAACUAAAUAAAUAGUGGAUGUUGUUGCUAUCCGAAAUCUGAUCAUCUCAACAAUAAUAAUUGAAAGCGCCGGCAACGAAUGCCAGAAAUCCAAAAGCUCAAAUCUGCUGCCUGUUGCGCUGUUGUCGCUGCCGUUGACCUUUGAGCUGGUACAACGUCUAGCGCUUGCUAUCGACGGCGGGCGGACUCUUUCAGAGCACAUGAAUCAGCUCUGGGCCAUAGGGGCAAGCGUGCGUGCGAGCGAGAGGGCCGGGCAAAUCUAGCAAUAGCCCAAAACCGAAAGCCGGUCGGUCCACUAUCAAGUCGAUAAGCAAUCGGUUGAUACGUACAGAAUACUUAUUGCACGGCAAUAACAAUAACCGUAUUUAGUUGCUGUCAACUUGGCGACGCCUCAGUUUGUGUGGUGCAUUCGCUGCUCGAUUCGCUUCGGUCAAGGCCAACAACAUCAUGAACUUCCUGCUGCGCUUCAUCGUGUUCUGCUUCGAUCCGUUGGGCCUGGGGCGACGCUUUUUGGUCCGGCCAGCUCUAAAUGUGGGGUGGAAUGUGUACGAUCGGGUGCGCAGCAAAGCGGACGAGAAGGUCGGAACUGUGCGGGAGCUGGUGCUGCGCCUGGGACUGAUCGCUUUUGCCGUCGUCCUGAUCAUCUGGCUGGCAGUGUUCAUGUACGCGGCCUUCUACUAUAUCUACAUGCCGGCCAUUUCGCACACGCGUCCCGUGCACAUGCAGUUCAAAACAUGCCUGGAGACAAGUACGCCUUGCACCUUUCCCCACGCCCACGUCUCGCUGACCAAGAAGCAACAGCUGCUGAUGGUGGGCCAGGCGUACAAGGUUAUCGUGAACAUUGAUAUGCCAGAGUCGCCUCAGAAUCUUGAGCUGGGAAUGUUCAUGGUGUGCGCUGAAAUGCGCGACUAUGACUCUAUGCUGCGCGGCCACUCCUGCCGCUCGGCAAUGAUGCGCUAUCGAUCACCGCUCAUCCGUAUGAUAUCCACGUGGGCCCUCAGUCCCCUGUAUGUGCUCGGCUGGAAGGAGGAGUUCCAGCAGGUGCCCGUCGAGAUAUUCUCACGCUAUCUGGAGGAGCGACAGCACCCCAUCACCGAUGUCUACGUGGAGAUACAGUCGCAGAAGAUCCAGUUCUAUACGGUCACCCUUCACAUAGUGGCUGAUUUUACCGGCCUGCGCUAUAUAAUGUUUAAUUGGCCCGUCCUCUCGGCCAUAGUGGCCAUUAGCACCAAUCUAUUCUUUAUAUUGGUCGUUUUUCUGCUCAGCUGGUACCACUGGUCCGACGCCAGCUGGCUGCACAGUUUACAAAUCAAGUACGCACGGCUCACGAACACGCUGCAGUCCGGUGCAGGCAGUGUGAUCCUUUCCAGCACGAGCAUGAGUAGCCUGCGCGACGACGAUCUUCUCUCGCUGGACGAGAAGUCUGACAUAGCCGAUGUUGGUGGUGGCGAUGCCGAUGAUCUGAUGGUGGAAAAGUCCCUGGACAAGCACAGCCAUGGCCGGGACGCCAAGGAUGCACUGCGUCAGCGCAAAACGAAACGGACCGACCAAUGACGUCGCCCUCGUAACGUGACCAAUGAUGACUAUCGAAAGCAGUAGCAGUAGCAGUAGCAGAACUACGAACGCGACGCUUGAGCCAAAGACUAAUAGAUUUAGGAUUAACUUAAUACUCCUACGAUGCUGCAGGGCAGCCACAUUUGCAUUCUAUCUGAAGUAUUCUUGCGGUCGUAUAAUGCCUAACUCUAAUUGUAAUCAUCACAGCCCAGUCAAUCACUAUGAAUACAUUUCAGUUCACGUUGAAAUAUUGCAAUAUUCA